CCCCAUCGGCACGGAGCCUCACAGAUGUAACCUGAAUAGGCUGAAUCAGUGAUUGCUUUUGAUUACUUGUGAGAGUUGAUCCUGUUGCUGGAGAAGGAACUGGCCGGCGAGUACUAUACUAGUACCUAUGCAAUAUCGACUGCUGAUGGCACCCAUCCGACCAACGUUUUCAUUGUUGAUGUAAGAACUCAAGCGAGAGGGAAACCCGCGAGCGCACCGUGCACCGCAAGCACACGAAGGUACAUGUACAUCACCAUGGAAAUGUGUCUACACCUGGUACUAUCAGUACUGGCAUGUGUGCUAGUGAAGCAAUGCGCCGCCACUCACCACCCACGCCAGCAUAACCAUAGCAGCCAAGUCGGACAGCGUCAGAAGGAUAUCCAGUUGACUGACUGGGUUCUGGCGGCGCAUGGCAGCUCACGCAAACUGGCCAAGGGCACCGGCGACGACUGGAGUUUGACGUUCAACCUGCCCAACUAUCACUACCCGGAGUUUGUAAAGCCAUUCAGUACCGAGGACAUGGCGGCAGGCGUGAAUCAUCGUACGUCCGACAAUCACAUUCAUAUCCCAAUACUGGGAAAUACCUACCACGUACCGGACCCGGAAUUCCCGGCCGGCGGGGAGAAGCAUAGGUGGUCGCCGCCGGUCGUCUGGGAGAUUGACGGCAACACGGGACAGACACUGCUCGUGUACAAUCUCAGUGACUACGCCGAUAGCUACACGUCAACGCUGAUCUACACGCCGGACGGGUAUCCGACGGUGGCCAUGCACGGCGGGAAAACUGGCUACGGAUCCUCACCCAUUCUUAUACUGGAUAAAGAGUCGGACAAGGUGCUCGACGUUGUCACUGAUGACAAUACAGAGCCAAUGCUGCUGCAGUUAACCAAUACCGAGCCACGGCAGUUGAUCUGGGCUGCCAUGUACGCCAACGCUGGUGUGAAUAUCGACGGACACACCGUGGACAAGUCUACGUUUGUACGCACCACCGACACUUCGGCAAUCAUAUUCAGCGCCGACGGUAGAUCGAUAUACAACAACGGCUUCUACAACCACGAUAUGGGCAUCUAUAAAUUCAAGCUGCCGCUGGCUGAGAACUUGACACGUGAGCUGUUCAUGGGUGGCUGCGAAACCAACCCAUGGCAAAUGGCGUCGGACACAGAGGACAACCUGUAUGCAAUAUGCGGUGGUGGGGUCGUGGCAUACGAUGCAGGCGGUCAGCAGCAGUGGACAUACAACACCGGGAGAUGGUAUGCUCUCAUGACCUACCUAUUCUUAGUGGACACAGAAAAUGUCCUGAUAGUAGGCUGUGAUAUGUACGAUCAGAAGCCAUUCCUGGCUGGUGUAGACCCCGCUACUGGUAAGGAGCUGUGGUUCAGUAAUGGCACCGACUACGGCGGUAACGUCACCAUUUCCGCUCAGCCCUGGGCACCUCGCUUUCCCAUCCCCCUUGCUAAUGGCAAUCUUGCUAUACUAAUCAGUAACAACGGAGUCAGCUCUGUCGUUCUCCUCGACUCGCGCACCGGAAAGGUUGUCAAGGGUGGCGUGAUGUUUGACUUCACGCCGCAGAUGUUAACGGCAGACAGCUCGAACAACGUGUAUGCUUUCGGUGAGGAAUACGGCUACCUCAAGGCACAGCGUAAGGCACUGGGUGGUGGAAAAUACUGAGGUCAAGCUGCAUACUCUGCUCAGGUGGCAAUAUGGUGUGUUGCACUACUAGUGUCCAUGCAGUACUUCACACUGCAACCAGUAUAUCCGGUCGUGUUCUUGCUUUCUGUCCUUCUGAUGACGCAGUACAUGUGUGCACGCAAAUAUUAUACUUCAAUUUUUUGAAUUAUUAUUAUUCACACAUAUCCGCCGGAUGAGUACGCGUGGCCCAUGCACCAUGGGGACCCACGAAUACAAACUAGCAUAUGUUCCCUCAGCAAUACAAGCAAGCAAGCAAGCAAAGAUAAAUGAGAGCCCAGGCAGCGAAAACAAAACGAAGAGAGAUGAGGACAUAUGCACCGAAAACAGUUCCAAAGCGUAGCCAGGGAUUGAAUGUGUGCAUCUGGGUACGACAGUUAAUACGGCUAGUGCAGCCGUACAGAGCGCAGCAGCAGCACGAAAAUACAAAAGUGCCACAGCAGCAGCCAAGAGUGUGCAAACACUAAAAAAGAAGAUCAGUCCAUGAAAAAAUUAUUGUCACCACAGGUAGACAUUUCCGGCAAGAAUGCAUGCGUGCACACAAGUAGCAGCUCUAUAUUUUCACGUUUAUCCUGUCACAUUAUGUGCACAAUAAAUUCAGAUUUCUACAUCAUCUUGAAAGUUCUUCUUCACAAACCCUAUUGCAGCUUUAUACCGGUAAGUAAUUUCCUCUAUUUCCGUUAUUGAAUAUUUUCUCAGCAGCAAUGUUUGGUUAUCCCUGCUUUCAUUGUGUAGCUUCUGGAAACUGUAUUUUAUCAAGUAGGUAGCCUGUACUGACCCACGUCCAAAGACACCGUGGAUCAUGUAAAUCUUCAAUGAGGUCCCAGCCUUGAAUAAUGUAAAUCUUCUAUGAA